CUGUUGCAGUCCUUUUGGAUAAACCAGAUGCAUGAGAUCGAGAAUGUCCCCCAAGACUACAAGCUACAUCAUCUGCCACUCGCUCGCAUUAAGAAGGUCAUGAAGACAGACGAGGACGCAAAAAUGAUUUCAGCAGAAGCGCCCAUGAUCUUUGACAAGGGCUGCGAGAUAUUUAUUACCGAGCUGACCAUACGAGCAUGGAUCCACGCUGAAGAGAACAAGCGGAGGACAUUGCAGCGCAGCGAUAUCGCGGCAGCGAUCACCAAGACAGACAUGUUUGAUUUCCUGAUCGACAUU